UUUUUUUUGUUUGUCAUUUUUUUCUAUAAUUCAUUUUUUCUAUAUGCAUGAUAUAUUGACACGACUUAUGUGUUAGAAACGUGGUACUAUUAUAUAUUAUUUAUACAAACAUACAUUCGGAAUGCGGUGCUAAAGCAAAUUGAAGGCCAGUCGGUUCUUUUUUUUUCUUUUCCAUCCAUGCACUUUUUGUGUAGCCAGUGAUGGCUGCGUAGCGUUGGAUAUACAUAGUCACAAACACACGGUGUUUAUUUCCAAUAUUUCAAGAGACAAAAAUGCAUCAAAGAUCUUGGAUUAGUCACUGCAUCAUUCCAUGUCCAGGAACUAAUUUCUGCCAGUUCUACAAUCCAGGCGAGAUUGAUCAUCCGCUACAGCACACAGUCAGCAAAGUUAUUUAUGAAGUUGAUAAAAGCUUCUCAUCUUAUGCAAGCAGAAAAAUCAGUGUGUCAUCAAGUAUUAAUGGCAACAGCAACAACAAAAGUUCAAAUAAAAGACUUGUGCUGUCAGGCAGAUUUCUUCAAAAUUUAGCUCCAGUACCUUUUGAUUCAAAAAUUGAUCCUCCUCAGAUCAAAGCAUGCUUCAACUGUUGGCAUAUGAAUCAUAAACUUGAGAACUGUUAUGUGAAAAAAAGAAACAUAUUUUGCAGUAACUGUGGGAGAAAGUAUGUUGAAGUGGAAGAUUGUCCAAGAUGUGCUAAGGCCUAUUGCGAGUACAUUGAAGAGGAAGAGCAUAUUCGUGCCAAGAUCGAAAUCUAUGGAGAUGUAGAAGAUGAUUAUUUUUAUAAGAAAAGAAUAAAAUCAAACAAAUUCAAAUUAGUUAAGAAUAAAAAUCCAAAUUCAGGUGAGAGCACUGAAAGAAAAAAUUACCUCUGGAGUGAUAGUUUAUAUAACAGUGUUUUAAGAACAAGUAUUGCAAUAAAUACAAAGGAUAGUUAUUUAGUUUUUUCAAGUGCCCAAGAUUCUAAGUACAAAGAUGAAUGGAAAAAUAAUUACAAAAAUGUCUCAACAAAUUUUCUUAAAGAAUUCCAAACUAUAAACUUGAAUACCAAAGAGAAAGGAAAGAAUGAAACCUCUGCAAGCCAUCAUAUGUUAGACUCUAAUAUGAAAAAAGACUACUAUAAAGAACAGAUAGAAUCAGAGAAAUAUGCUAUAAUAAAUGACAAAUGUAAAAGUCGUGAGGUUAAUUGUGAAAGAGCUGAGACAAGAGAAGAUAGGCUAGAUUUUCAAUCACUCACAUCUUUGCUUAUAAGUAAGCUUGAAGAUGAAAAUGAUGACUUAGAUGAUAUGAUCUUUAUUGAUGAAUAUGAAAAGUCUAUAGAAUCAAGUGCUAUGGAAACAAAUUUCAUUGAAGAUGAUGACCAAGCAUAUCAGCAUUUGUUAAGUGUGAUAAAGAAUUUGCCAGAAGAAGCACAACAGGUUGCUGUGCGCUGCUUUUUCAAUUCUCAAAAAAAGAAAUCAACUGUAAAAAGUUAAGGAGUUCUGAAAUGUUGAUGAUUUUAAGCUCUCGUAAGAUCCAUUAAUAUUAUAAAUAUAAUUUAUUAUUUUUUAAUUUGAUUGAAUUAUUUUAAUAGGAAUUCAACAAGUGAUAUAUGUAAAUUACUUAUUUUUUUUACUGUGCUUAUAAUUGAGUUUUAUAUAUGAUUGCAUUUGCUUAUUUUUUUUAAGAUACCCACCCCUGUUUAGCUCACUUUUUGCUUUAUAUUUUUGUAUUAUAUAUUGCAUUAAUUGAGUCCUUUACAUGGUAACUUUGAGAUUUUGA